GUGUGCGCCGUCUGCCUUGGAAGGAACAAUCACAAUUUCAUCGACUGCUCCACAGAUCGAUUGUGGGACGGUGUGCAACCCACAGUCGCUACCAGAACCAACAAACAGCUCUUACUGCGCGCCUCCAACAAACCUCUCUGCAUCGACUGGCAACGGUCCAGAUGCACCAGUCAAUCACACGAUGAUCGCCACAUUUGCUCGGGUUGCCUCGCAACCACCCAUGGAGCUCAAAGCUGUCCUCGAGUACAGAAA